CGUCAUUGCCACCUCGGAGGCGCAGAGUUUGCUGAAGGGAGAUGGCGCAGCAGUUCGUGAAGGCUGAGCUCAAAGGGGACAAGGUGGUGGUGUUUCUGAAGCCCACUUGUCCCUACUGCGUCAUGGCCGAGGAAGUUUUGUCCAAGUACCCGUUCAAGCCGGGCCACCUGAAGAAGAUCGACAUCAGCGGACGCGACGACAUGCAGAGCCUGCAGGACUAUUUGCAGGAAAUCACCGGAGCGCGGACGGUCCCACGGGUGUUCAUUGGUGAGGAGUGUGUGGGAGGCGGAAGUGACGUUGCGGCGUUGCACAAGAGCGGUGCACUCAGAGGGAUGCUGGAGUCCAUCGGGGCCCUUCAGUGAUCUUCUCCACACCUUCAGGGUCGAGGCGUCCAGAUGUGGUCACAUGACCAGGCAGCGAGACUUGCGGAGUUUGCGGCGCCGCUGCUGAUACUCGCUGAGCUCCUGCAGGUAUCCUCUGGACGGCCAGCGGAGCCUCUCCACCUGCUCACGCUCCUCCUCUGGAAGAAACGCAGACGAAAAAGGCCAUGACCUGCUUACCCCACGCUACCCGUCCAGCUGUAUAAAUGAGUUCUGUGUAACUGACUAAACCCAAUAAAACAGCUUCUGCUUUGCAAUGUU